AAUACCUAGAAUGUUUUCCAUCAGAACUAGAGGCUUGAUUUCAAAACCUGACUUAGAAUAAUACACGACUCAAGAAAAUCUCACCCAAGCAAUUAUCUUUGCCAUCUAAUGGCAGUCCUAGAAAAUAAUUCCUUAAAGCUUGUAACACUUUUUCCGUUUAUUCUCCAAACAGAUGAAUUUCCAAAUUACACAGCUCCUGAAAACAUCACCCGGGUGACUGAGUUCAUUUUUAUGGGAGUCUCAGACCGUCCGGAGCUCCAGAUCCCCCUUUUCUUUGUCUUCCUGGUGAUCUAUGGGCUGACCGUGGUAGGGAACCUGGGCAUCAUUACCCUCACCAGUGUGGACUCUCGCCUUCAAACCCCCAUGUACUUUUUCCUCCGACAUUUGGCUAUCAUCAAUUUGGGCAAUUCUACCGUCAUUGCCCCUAAAAUGCUGACCAAUUUCUUAGUAAAGAAGAAAACCACCUUUUAUUAUGAAUGUGCCACCCAAAUGGGGGGGUUCUUGUUUUUCAUUGUAGCUGAGGUUUUCAUGCUGGCUGUGAUGGCCUAUGACCGCUGUGUGGCCAUUUGUAACCCCCUACUCUAUAUGGUGGUGGUUUCUCCACAGAUCUGCCUUCUGCUGGUAUCCAUUGCAUACGUCUAUGGCUUUUCUACAGCUAUUGUGGUUCCUUCUUGUGUAUUCUCUAUGUCUUACUGCUCUUCCAAUGUCAUCAACCAUUUUUACUGCGACAUUGUUCCCCUGUUAGCAUUAUCCUGCUCUGACACUUACUUCCCAGAAACAGUAGUCUUUAUUUCUGCAGCUACAAAUUUAGUUCUCUCUGUGAUUAUAGUUCUAGUAUCCUAUUUCAACAUCGUCUUGUCCAUUCUCAGAAUACAUUCGCCGGAAGGAAGGAAAAAAGCCUUUUCCACCUGUGCUUCACAUAUGACGGCUGUCACAGUGUUCUAUGGGACACUGCUAUUCAUGUAUUUGCAGCCUAAAACUGACCAUUCAUUAGAUACUGAUAAAAUGGCUUCAGUGUUUUAUACACUAGUGAUCCCUAUGCUGAACCCUAUGAUCUACAGCUUGAGGAAUAAGGAUGUGAUAGCUGCCUUCAAGAGAUUCCCACCAAACCCAUGCUAUUCCUUUAAACUAGAGUAA